AUGUCAAUGUGGAUAAUUUUCUUAAGAAUCAUGAUCGAAUUCUUGGCUCCAAAAAAGUAUUCUUAUUCGCAAGUGAAGAAGAUGACAAACUCCUUCAAAGUCAAACUAGGACAAGGCGGAUUUGGUUCAGUGUACAAAGGAGAGCUAAGCAAUGGAACACUUGUGGCAGUUAAGGUUUUAAGUGAAUUAAAAGGUAAUGGUGAAGAUUUUAUUAAUGAAGUUGCAAGUGUUGGCAGGACUUGCCAUGUAAACAUCGUAACUCUUGUGGGAUUUUGUUGUGACGAUAAGCACAGAGCUCUGAUUUAUGAAUUUAUGCCUAAUGGGUCCCUUGAGAGUUACGGAAUGAUGAUUUUGGAAAUGGUUGGAGGGAGGAAGAAUAUCGAGGUUGAAGUUGAUCACACAAGUGAACUAUACUUUCCUUAUUGGAUAUACAAAAAACUAGAAGUAGAAGAACAACGACGACUUGGACUCCACGGGAUCAUGACUGAUGAAGACGACGAGAUGGUGAGGAAGAUGCUCAUAGUGGGGUUGUGGUGCAUACAGACUAAUCCCUUGAACCGCCCAGCAAUAACUAAAGGUGUUGGAAAUGUUAGAAGGUGA